AUGGAGCAAGAAAUUACUGGAAGAGAAAUUCUGCGAUGUACUUGGAAGAUGCUAGAAGGCAAGGCAAAUAAUCUUGUGAACGGCAUUCAAAGCCGCUCAGAUAAACUGGACAAAUCAACAUCAUGCCCUCUGUCGGAGCAAACUAACUUUGACAGCUCCAUCGAGAACAAGGUAGCUGACUUCAAAAGGCUUGUAGACAUAUUCCUCUUUGGAGGGGGAAGUAUACCUCCGCUCACGCUCCACCAAAUGCACCACAAAAGGCCUUUUGAAUGGAAAGAUAAGGCCAGCAAGAUGCGAGAUGUAUCUCUUCACGAGGAACUGGUUGGCUACUUCAAUGAUGCCACCGCAUUUAAAACAUUUCUGGCCUACGAAUUGCCAGAAAUUACGGAAGCUGUGAGAAUGAAGGCGACCAUAAAAGAGAGAAUACAAUUUGGACUUGCAGGCCAAAGGAGUCGCUGGCGCAAGAACGAGGGCAAAUGCGAAAAAAGGAAACGUGACGAAAAGAAUGUUGGCGAUGGGCGAAGGAAAACCGCAUUUGUUCCUCUGGUAAAGACAUUUCUUCGCGUACGAGGAGAAAUCGAUAAGGUAAAAAUUGUUAAUUUAGCUUUUAUUAAACUCGAUGACCCAAUAGGUUAAUUAUCGAAUCCACCGAAAAAUUCGAUUUUUUUUAGCGCGAAUUUACCCAACAGCUAAAAAUAGCUUAGUAACCGCACAUAUUUCUUCACCAUGUGCUUUUAUUUAGCCUGGUUACUGAGGUCAACAAAGAUGGCGGUUUGGUUUAUACUGACUCUUUCGUUCAGUUUCUUCAGCUGUUUCGUUUGCUUUGGGCAUUUGUUAUAUUCGUACGGUUUUAAAGGGAACAGAAUUUUUGGGACCAUGUUCCAACCAUUUUGCUACUGGUUUUAAGACGCAUCCCAAGUUUAAUAGAUCGGAAAGUUUAAUUCAAGUUUAAUUACAUGUAUUAUGCCAGAUUAUGCACAUGGAUAUAUUGUCAUUUGAUUAUCACUCAUGUGUGCGCCUUUCUGUUUAAGAAACAAAAUGACAGUAUUGAUGGAAAAUCCGAAGGUGAAGGUGAGGGUGAAGGUGAUGAUUAUGGUAUAAAGGAAGAUACAUGUAAUGAAGUUGGCAAGGAAAUCAUUAGCGAUGAUGACAUGCUGGUAAGUGAAAUGGCUAAUGCUUGUUUGUGAACUUACACUGUACAUCUAUUAUUAUUUUGAUACAAUAAACUAGUUAGUGUUACUCGAAACUAACGCCAGUAAGCUGUUUAUUUUUGUCUGCCAGUGGAUUUUUGUAAGUCAGAAAAAUUCAAUCCAAGAUAGAUAGUUUUGCAUUUAUGUUAUAGUAGGAUAUAUAAUUGCUACAUAUAUUUUUUUAUAUAGUAACAUAUCAUUUGCUUCAAGGAAUUAUUAUGCAGUGUAUAAAAAUGUAGAGUUAUUUUCAUUCCUAAGUUCAAGAAAAUUUCUGUCCAAAUUGUUAGGUUGCUACCUAGCAAAAACAAAAAACCGCACCACAGUAAUAUAGAAGAACUGCUCAGAGCCAUUCAUAACAUUGGUUGAUUAGCUGUUGCAGUUUGCAGUUCUUAUUCAAUCUGCAUGUAUGUCAUACUGGUGUAGUCCAUGGCCUACCACUGGUUAAUUUUCUACAGUAAAAAGAAAUCAAAAAAUCCUAUAUUUGUGAAAAGUUUAUUAUGCACAUGGCUAUACAGGGUACUUCCAUUAAUUUUGAUUUUCUCUCACGAGUGUGACUUUUUGUUUAAGGAAAAGAGUCAUGAACAAGACGAAGAAGAAGAAAAAGUAGAAGAAAAAGAUGAACAAGACGAAGAAGAAGAAAAAGUAGAAGAAGAAGAAUAUGAACAAGACGAAGAAGAAGAAAAAGUAGAAGAAGAAGAUGAACAAAAAGAAGAAGAAGAAAAAGUA